AUGAGAUCCAAUACCCUGGAUGAGGUCAAGGCAGGUGCCUACAAUGGAGAUGGAAAGUGGCUGAGUAAGUAGUUGUUUUGAGAAAUCUAUUCUCGACUAAAUAGAGUACCCAUGCACUUCCCUUUUGCAGUGCCGUCUUCAUUCCCUUCAAUCGACCUAAUUUGCCGUCAUAUUACAGUAAUUAUUAGCGACUUUCAAUCUGGAAUAAACCAUCCCCGAUUGCCUACAAUGGCCUGAACACGUUGCACAAACCACUCAGACAUCCCCAACACCCAUUCAAAAUUCUAACUUUACCGAUUACUCCAUCCCUUAAUUUCCAAAAAUAUUAUACAUGGAAAGGUGUUUUGGGUUGCCCGGGUAACGGUGCCGACAACGCUACCACGCUACCCGUCAUGUUACUAUAGCAAACACUGAACUGGGGAUGGAUAUGAUGUGGAGUUGUGCGACCGGAUCAGAGGCGAUUUCGAAGGGAUCGGAGCGAGGGGGACGAAACAGAGUAAAACAAGAGGAAUAGGUAAUGCGCAAAUACCUCUCCAAUCUCCUCGAUUUUCACCCCACUGUUUGCCUCUCAUCCGGAGAUUCUUUUCAUAAGGCAAAAACUAUGAAAAUCAUGUAAAACACCCAGCAAAUGACCUUUUCCAUUAAUUGAACUGGAAAUUCAAAAAAAUUGACCGACUUUUUCGCCCGAGGGAACUUAUAGUUUUAUGCGAAUCCCAUUACAAUUACUGUCAAGGUCAACACUGUUCUAAUAAUGCAUUAAAUCCUUCAAAUACAUCCUUUAACGUGUUGGAUUGUACACAAAAAAUCACAAAAUAUGACAUCGGAAAAAUGACAGAAAAUUGCGCAAUUUGGGGAUGACUGUCAACUUCUGACUCAUGCAGGCCCAAGAUACGCAGACUUACAGACUUGUAAAUACUGAGCCUUUCUUUUCUCCGGGCAAAUGCAAACAAAUCAAGGCCUCCAUUCCGGGACGGCUUUCAAUAUAAAAUCGUAAAAACCGUAUUUAUUCCCGCACGAGGGGACGGGGUUACGCAAGCGAUCUAUAUUACGUGCAUUCAGUUCGCAGAGUCCAGCCGUUUUGCUCAUAAUCAUAAUUAAAAGUUAACAUGACAUCACAGUACAACUGCAUAUAAUAGAAGAGGGGUUCCGAAUUCAAAAUUUUCUUCGUUCAUGAGGCUCAACCACGUGUUUCGCCCAUAUCAAAUUUUUUGUUCUGCAAUGUACAGAGCCAAGACUGAUAAAAUUGUUCUGGCGGUGCAGUGGCAAUAAUUAUGCGCACCUUGCAAAAUUUUAGCCCAUUGAAUUUACUUAGAACCCCUCUUAUAGCGUAUAUCAUCUAAAUAAUAAUCAUAAUCGCAUCCAAUUCCCUUUUCAAAUUAAAAUACUUGUAAUUACUAUCAGAUGCUUGGGAUAUUUAUCAUCCAAAGUAACGGAAUACAGUUGACAGCUGUUCCCUUUAAGACAAGUAGCCUCGAUUACAAAAAAAAAACAAAUCCGAUUUGGUUUAAAUGUUGCGUUUCAUUCACUGCAAUAGAUCUAUUUUAACUUUGGUUUUAAUUCUUCGGAGUUUUAGCAUGGCUCUUGCCACAAUCAGAGUUGCAAGAGCAAGUGGAACACGUUGAUUUGGGUUCCGAGUCUUCUUCAUCCUCAUCUUCGGACUCACGAACUGCGUUGACAUCAGGUGUCGGAUUCUUAAUCGAACGACGAGAGUGCUUCGACUUCUACAAGUUUUCAAAAGUAAUGGAGGACCCCUAA